AUGAGUAAGCAGAGCAAGCAUGCGAAACAGGCGAAACAGCUUGGAGAGGACAUCUGGAAAUCACAGACGGUGAAGAUUAACAGUGAAUUGUUCACGCUGACAUACGGAUCCUUGGUGGCCCAGAUAUGUCGAGAGGAGAAGUUUGAUUACGAAAAGAUCAACAAUGUGUUGUUUGACAUGGGUCGGAACAUUGGGGUGAGAUUGAUAGAGGAGUUUUUGAGCAAGACGAGCCUGGAGCGGUGCUCGAGUUUUAAAGAGACUAGUGAGGCUAUCUGCAAGAUUGGGUUCAAGAUGUUUCUCAAUGUGGUGCCAAAUGUAACCUACUGGAGUGCCGACGGGCGCACGUUUCAAUUGACGCUGCUUGAGAACCCCUUGUCUGACUUUGUGGAGCUCCCGGACGACAUCGACGAGGGCAGUGCCCGGAAGGAGCUCUGGUACAGCAACAUCCUCUGUGGGGUUCUCAAGGGCGCCCUUGAGAUGGUGCAGCUGGAUUGCCAGGUUUGGUUUGUGAGCGACGUGCUACGGGGCGAUGCAUCGACCGACAUUAAGAUCCGCUUGGUCCAGGUACUCAAGGACGAGAUCCCAGACGGGGAUGAGUAG